UUGCCUCAUCGCAAGCCCUUGCCUUACCCCACCACCUUGCCCUUACUCACCUUUGCACCAGCCACCCUCCCUCCACUUACAUACACUAUAUUACCUCACCCAUGCUUGCAACCUCUUGACCUACUCCACCUACAUACCUUGCUUGCCAUGCCUUGCUGGCUCCUUGCGCGCACCUACGCCCGCCGCCGUUGCAACCCUGCCCCCCCACCCACCCUUUUGUACUCCACCUUGCCUUACCCAUGCCUCCUUACCCACCCCACCCACACCUUGCCUUACCUUACCCUUACCUUGCCACACCUUUCCUUACCCUCACUGCACCUGCCUUCACACUCCCUUACCUUGCAAUCUCACUUGUACCUUACCUUGCUCCUUGCCUUUACCUACCCUUUUAUACUUACUCCUACCUUAUUCCUCAUUAUACCCUCCCUUACCCACUUGUACUCUUACUGCCUCCUUACCUUACCUUACCUUACCUUACAUCCUUUACCUUGCCAUACUUUUACUUGCUUGCCUACUACCUCUUUACCUUACCUAGCCUCACCCCUUACCCUUACACACCUACCUUACACUUCAUUACACUCUUACCUACUCUAUAACCCCACUUGCCCUCCUUACCCCUUGCCUGCCUUGCCUUUGCCACCUUACCCUCUUAAUUGACCCUUUCCACCCACUUACCUUACCAUGCCUCUCACCCUUACCACCUUGCCUUGCAACCAUCCUUUUACCUGCACUGCACCCUCACCCACCCCACCCUAGCUUCCCACCUCACUCACCCUACCCUACUCCACCUCAAUUUCAUCUUGACCCUUUCACCCUUACCCCACUCCCACCCCACCCUACCCUCACUCCUCACCCCCACCCCACCCAGCAUCUGUCCACCCUGCCUUGCUCCCACUCCUUACUCCCCACUUUGCACCCACCACCCCACCCCACCUUAUCCUUGCACCUUACACCUUACCUGCUUACCCUGCCCCCCACCACUCCACCCACCUUAUUCACACCCACCUGCAUCCAUCCACCCAAUUCAUCCCCUUACCACCCUUACCCCUUACCCUACUCACCUCAUCUUGAUCACGCCCCCUUACCUCUUACCCUCAUCCUUGUCUACCUUAUCUUACCCUUACCCUUAUACCUGCCCACCCCACUGUACCUUACCUUAUCCUGUGCCGCCGCCUGUACUGUACCUUACCCACUUGCCUUCCCAUGCCUUUUGUACUAUGCCACCCUUGCACUACUCUUGUACCCUUACCCUUUCCAUCCAAUCCUCUCCCUCACCUUGCCCUUACCAUUGCCCUACCUUACCUUGCAUACUGCCUUGCAACUUACCCUUACCUUCACCUGCACACCUUACCUCUCAAUCCUUGCUACCCGUCCCUAACCCUGCCUCAAUCCUCAAUUCCUCACCUCACCCCACACCUCAAUGCUCAAUCCUUACACCCUAAUCAACACCUUACUCUCCAGCAGCUAACAUACCUUACCCAUCAAUCUCAAUGCCGCCACGCCACACCGCCACCUUACCUCACCAAUCCCGUCCCACCCGCCCACCUUGCAACACCCCCACCCAACCACUAACCCAUCCUUACCCCACCCACCCCAUCUUACUACCCCUUUACCUUCCCACCCUUGACCCCUACCCACCCUUAACUCCACACCACUUACUACCCUACCCACCUUACUACGCCCUUAUCCAUCUACCUUACACCUUUUGAUCGUUUGUACCUUACCUUACUACCCUUACCCUUACCUUACCUUACUUUUACCCUCCACCAUACCUUAGCUACCUUACCUUACCCUAAUUCCCACUCUUACCCUUACCUACUCCACCCUCACCACUCCAUACCUGUGCACCUUCCUUAUGCCUUACAUUCUCACCCUUACCUUGCCCUUGCCUUACCCACUCCUCACCUUACUUGCCUUACCAUUACCCUUGCAGCACAUACCUUACCCUUGCUCAAUCCUUGCUUGUACCUUCCCUCCUUGCCCUUACUACCUUGCCUUACCCUUACCCUUACCCUGUAACCCCCUUACCCUAACCCUUGCCCUUACCCGCCCCCUGCACACACUCACCCACUUACCUUACCCUACCCCUACCCUUACCCCCUUACCUCUCACCUUACUGGCCUUCCCUCUCACCCUUGCCACCCACUCCAUUACCCCUGCCUUGUACAUACCACUACCACCCUUACCUUGCACCCCACUCCUACUCCCACCCUACCCUCCCACCACCCUUACCUUACUUACUACCUGUACCCUUACCCUUUGCCCUUACCCUAUACCUUACCUCACCCCAAUUCUGUACCCUUCCUGUACCCUUGCAUACUUCAGCACCUCAUUUACUCCCCACUUCACCUUAUCUUGCCAUACCAUUGCUCACCUUUCCUCACCCUUGUACCUUCCCUUGCCAUACCCUUACCUUUACCCCCCUCUUACUCCCAUCUUACCCUUACCUUGCUUCCCUUGCUUACCCUACUCAUGCCCUCUACCCUCUUACCCGCCCUUACCAUUGCCCACCCUACAUCUUGUACCUUACCUUACACUUAGCUACCUUACGCUCCCACCCACCUUACAUCCUUUUAAUCCCUUACGCCCAUACCUUACCUUUGACCUACCUUACGCCCCCACACCCCGCCAUUGCCCCACCUUUUACCACCCAGCACCUGUACCACUUACCUUCAUUUCCCCGCCGCACCUUACCUACCUUACCCUCACUCUUACCCAUGCCUUGCCUUACCCUUCCACCUUACCCUUACCCAUACCCAUUACCUCUACCCUUACCUUACCCUUGCUUACCUUGCCUCUUUACUCCUUACUUACCUUACCUUACAUUACCCAUUGCCUUGGACCUUACCUUAGCUAACUUACCUUACCCUUGCCAUUACUCACCCUUACCCUCACCUUACCCACCCACCUUGCACUCACGCCACCUUACCUACCUUACAUCCCCUUGCCCCGCUUACCUUACCUUACCCAUUACCUCUUGCACACUCUUUACUUACACCCUUGCAACACCUUGCCUCAUACCCUUAGCACCGUACCUUACCCUUACCCAAUUACCUUAGCUUACCUUACCUACCCCACCUUACUCUUACCACCUCCCACUCACCUUUACCCACCCCACCCACCCAGCCCUCCAUCCACCCUUACGUGUACCCUUACCUUACAUUACCCUUGUCUCACUCCAACUCUCAUCUCACCAUACCCUUGCAACACCAACCUUACUUUACAAUACAAUCCUUACCCCAACCUGUACAUCUUCCUCCCCUAAUACCACCCCUGACCCAUACACCAUCUCCUCACCUUACCCUUGCUACCUUACCUUAGCCUUACACCCACUCACCUUUGCAACUCAACCACCUUAACACCACACCCUUCACCCUUACCUUGCCCUUUUAUCUGCACCCACCACCUUGACCAAUCUCUUGUACCACUUACCCACCUGCACUUGCACCCCUUACCUUACACCUCACACCUUACCUGCUCCAUGCAUCUCAUCCCACCCACCUCAACCUUACCCACCCCAAUCUUGACCUUGUACGCCUUACUCUGAUCUACCCUACCUUACCCACCCUUACCCUUACCAUACCUGUACCAUACCUUAAUUUACCUUACCUUAGCCUUAAUUAUCCAAUCCUCACCUUGCCUUGGGUACUUGCCUUACUUGCCAUACCUGCUUUGCCCAUGACCUUACUGCUUACCCAUCACCUUACCCUUACCCUUUUACCCCACCACCCUGUACCCUUUUUACCUACCUUGUACCUUUACCUUUACCUUACUGUAAUUUGGAUUCCUGAUCUACCUCCCUUCCAAUCACCUUACUUACCUUAUCUGCCAUACCUUGUAGGCCUUAACACCUUACCCUUAACUUGCACUUGCUGCACAUACUUACCUGCCCCAUUACCUUACCCACCCACUUAUGCCUUCCUGUCCCUUACAACACCCUCCUUGCCUCUUGCCUUACCUGCUGCCCUUACCCCACCUUGCACCCUGCCCCUUACCAUACCUUCCCCUCUUUUCCCACUUUUCCUUUACCCUUCGUUCCUUACCUUACCUUACCUCUUACUACAUACCCUUACCUUACCCCUGUACCCUUACCGUACCUUACCUUACCUUAUUUUACUCCCUUACCUUACCUUGCCUUACCUUGAGCCACUUACUCUUAAUCCUUACACACCAUCCUUACUUGUACCUUACCUUACCCUACUCCCCUUAUACCCAUCACCUUACCUUACCCUUACCUUACCUGCCACGCCUCUACACUUAGCUAUUAUACCUUGCAACACCUUGCCUUCCUUACCCCACCUUAGCAUUACCUCACCUUACCAUCCACCCUUACCUUACCUUCCACCCUCAAUACCCUUACCUCCACUCAUACCUUACCUUACCUUACCAAUACCUCAUACCUUAACCCACUCUUACUCUACUAGCCCUUGCCCAUUGCUUACCUUACCCUCUCACCUUACUUUGCCGUACCUUACCUUACCCUCAAUCUCUUAACACUUCACCUUACCGCACCCCACUUACCAUCCUUACCCAUAGCCCACCCUUACCCCACCUUACCUUACCUUACCUUACCCUUACCUUGACCUGCCUUACCUUAACAUACCUACCCUUACCUUGACCCUCUCACCCUUACCUUGCAUCCCAUACUCAUGCACUCCUUACCUGUAAUUCACCUUACCCUACCCCCGCCCCGCCUGCCCACCUUACCUUAAUUGUACCGCUUACCUUCCUGCCCACUUACACUUACCCUAACCUUGCCUUAACCUUACCCUCCUUACCUUACCUACCUUGCACACAUACCUUACCUUAACAAUUUUGCUUACCACCCACCUUUACCUUACCAAUUUACAUUACUUACCUUACCCUUACCUUUAUACCCUUACCUUACCCACCUUACCCUUACCUUUACCUUACCCUUACCACCACCUUGCACCCUCACGCUCCCUUUACCCUCCCUUACUCCAUUGCCUGCUGCCUUGCCAUACCCCACCUUACACAUGCCCUUGCCUUCCCGCCCACCCUACCCUACCUUACUCACCCACCUUGUACCCACCCUACCCUUACACCUUGCCCUCACCUUGCCCUUACUUGCCACACAUACCUUACAUACACCCUAUCCAUACCUCUCCUUACUUACUUAUCUUACCUUACCACCUUACCUUACUUACUCUUACACCUUACCCCUCUACCUUACACCUUACCGCCUGCACCUUGCCCCUCCCGCCCUACCUUAAUCUUGCAUUAACCUACCUUACCUUGCCCUUAACUUUACCUGACCUUACACUUACCUUGCAUACCUUACUUACUCCACUUACUCCCUCCCUUACCUCCUUACUUAUCUACCUUGUACUUACUGUACCCUUACCUUACCCUACCCCUUGUCACACUACCUGUACCUCUUACCUUGACUAACCUUGCCUUGCACCCCACCUUAUCUCUUUUUAUGCCGCAUUUUACCUUGCCCCACUUGCCCUACUCCAACUCCUUAGCCUCCCUUACUGACCUUACCUUACUCUUCUUACACCCUUACCUUGACCCUUACCUUCACCUUGCAACCCCUUACCCACCCACCCUUACCUUACCCUUACCCAUACAUACCCCUUACCUUACGCACCACACCAACCCACCUGACCCACGUACCCUUACUCUCACCCUCACCUUGCAACACCUCUUGCAACCACCGCCUUACCCUUGCUUACUUACCUUACCUUAACUUAUACCUCGCUUCACCCUUGCCACUUACCUUACCUUUUGUACCUUAUUACUUGCCCUUACCUGUACCCAUACCUGCAACACCUUGCCCUUUGCCUUACCCUUACCUGCCCUUACCUCACUCUUACUUACCUACUCAUACCCUCACCUUGCCUUACCUUACCCUUACCUUACUUACCCACUUACUCACCGCUUACCUGCCCCCUACACCUAACCGCCCACCCUACCUUACACCUUACCUCACUUACCCUUACCUUACCCUUAUCUUGUACAUCCUUACCUUACCUUACCUUACGCGCCGCACCUUGCCGCCACCCCACAUACUUACCUUACCCUUACCUAAUCUUACCUUACCCACCCUACCUCCUACCCCUUGCACUUACCUUACCUUACAUGCCUUACUCCUUCACCUUACACCUUGCCAUACUACUUACCCUUGCCUUACCCUUAUUACUACCUUACCCUUGCUUUUACCUUGUACACCCUUACACCUUACCCUUAUUACCUUACCCUUUUGUACCUUGCUUACCUUACCUUACCUUUCUCCUUACUUACCCUGCUCCUACACUCCUUACACCCCCACCUUACCCACCUCCUUACCUUACCUUACCUUACCACAACAUCUACACAUACCACUUACCCUUAUCAACACCUGUACACCCAGCAUCCUUUCAUCCUUACAUCUACCAUACCUUUAACCUUACCUUACCUCAUCCUUUACUUCAAUCUUGCUUAAUCCAUACUCACCAUUUACCUAGACCUUACCUUACCUUACCUUACCUUACCUUACCUUUUACCUUACCUUACCUUACCCUUACCUUACCUUACCUUACCUUACCUUACCUCUUACCUUACCUUACCCUUACCUUACCCUUACCUUACCUUACCUUACCUUACCCUUACCUUACCCUUACCUUACCUUACCCCUACCUUACCCUUACCUUACCUUACCUUACCCUUACCUUCCCUUACCUUACCCUUACCUUACCUUACCUUACCCUUACCUUACCCCUUACCUUACCCUUACCUUCCCUUACCUUACCCUUACCUUACCCUUACCUUACCCUUACCUUACCUUACCUUACCUUACCUUACCUUACCUUACCUUACCUUACCUUACCUUACCUUACCUUACCUUACCUUACCUUACCUUACCUUACCUUACCUUACCUUACCUUACCUUACCUUACCUUACCCUUACGUUACCUUACCUUACCCUUACCUUACCCCUUAGCAUGGGGGAUAUCCAGUGA